ACUCUAUUGAGAUUAUUUCUUGAAAGGCUAGUUCUGGUUUGAAAUAGAGGUAUGGCAGAGGUAUCAGAAAAGGCAAGGACCUUACACAGCAGGAUGCUGGAGGCACCAGUAUCGAAGUUAUUCUCGCAGGAGGAGCUUCUCAAAUUGAUGAACUUGAGUGAUGUGCAAUCACUCUUGGAAAUAGCCCAAGAAUUAGUUAGUAAUAAUUUAGCUAAAUUGAUGAAAGUUGGAGAAGAAUUGAAGUUUCAAGUAAUUUCUCUUUCAGAAGCGAAGAAGAUUACUUCGAUGAGUGAUGACGAAGCUAUGAUUUAUUCAUAUAUCGAAGCAUCAGGAAGAGAAGGGAUUUGGACUAAAACCAUCAAGGCCAAAACAAAUUUACAUCAGCAUAUUGUGGUGAGAUGCUUAAAGUCUCUAGAAGGUCAAAGAUAUAUCAAAUCGAUUAAAUCGGUAAAGCAUCCAACUAGAAAAAUUUAUAUGUUGUAUAAUUUACAACCUUCAAUAGAAGUGACUGGUGGUCCAUGGUUUACUGAUUCUGAAUUAGAUACCGAAUUCAUCGACUCCUUGACCACCGUGAUUUGGAGAUUUGUUGCAUCUAAAUCUUACCCUACUGUUUUCCAACCACCUUCCUCAAACACUAAUGUCUUUCAAAGUAGUUUCCCAGCUACUCACACUGGUUAUAUCAACUUGGAGUCAAUCAUGGAGUUUAUUACUUCUAAUCGUAUUACAAAUAUCGAAUUGGCAGUUCAUGAUAUCAGAGCUCUUUGUGAUGUACUUAUUUAUGAAGAUAAAUUGGAAUUGGUUGUGGAUACUGCUGAUCUCUAUAAAGCCACUUGGCAGAGUGUUUUAGAGGCUGGUUACGGUAGAGCUUACGAAGAAGGCGAUAACCAAUCUCUAGUUAACCCAAAGUUUUUAAAAGAUUUAAAAGAAAAUAAAUCUUACAGCAUAUUUGACCAUUACUCAAUCAUUAACGAUGAAAAAGAAGAAUCCGAUCUUAGUUAUUUCGACGCUUGGGCUUAUGACUAAAUUUUAUUCACUCAACCUUGUAAACUAACCAUUCAUCUGUACUAUAG